AUGGAUCAAAAUCCACCUCUAACCAUUGUGCAUUAUUGUGGAGAAUGGAAUGAAAUGGAUUCCAUGUUUUUUUCUUCUUUUGAAAAACUAAGGUUAACUAGCGAUGUUAUUUUACUUUUAUUGGAUUGCUAUCAAUCACAUCCAUCACUGGAAACCAUUCAAGUGGAAUAUUUGAACAACCUGAUUGACAACAAUACUUUUCUUAUGAUAGGAUGUGUUUCAUCGGAUGAGAAUCAAUUUUCAAAAUGUGAAGAAUCCUAUUUAACUUCUUUUAUUUGUGAUCCCUCCAAUGCAUUCCUUACUUAUUUUACAAAACAAUUUGAAAAUAACAAAUUGAAUGGAUAUCUAUUUCUGACACAAUCUAAUAAUAAUCAAUUAUUUGAAAUAUUAAUGCAACAUUUUGAAAAUUUAAUUGAAGAAUAUAUUCAAAACAACCAUUUUGAGAUUUGGAUUCGUCAUAACAACUUGAAAAGGUUAUUGAAACAUUUAUUACUCUCUUUAAUUCUACUUUCAAAAUUACAACAAGGCAGACCAUCAAAUUCUCUACUCAUGAGACCACAAGAAAGAACAUGGCUCAAUCAAUUAUGUCAAUCCAAACAACAUGAUUCCAUGUGGAAUAAUCUCUUUGAAAAGAUGAAUCAUUUUCUCGAGCAAGUCGAAUGGAAUCAUCAAGAAAGGAUUCAAAAAUUUAAUUCAUUACUCAAUUCUUCUCAACCGACAACAACAACAAGAACAACCACCACUAGCUCUAAUAGAUUCAGAGUAUCUAAAUUAUAA